GGUGAUAUUGUUACCCCAUCAGGAGGGUGGGGAGACUCAGUCCUGGCCCUUAGGUGGGCCUGAAGCAGAAGGCCAGCCCCCUGUGAAGAGGACAGCACAGCAGCAGGACAGGAGUCCCAGGUGUAGGGAGAGUGACUCUAGGCUUCAGGAGCUGAGCAGGAUGCAGAGUGGCCUGUGCCUCAGUUACCGUCCUCUUCCUGGGCUGAGGUGUCCAGGCUCCAGCUAUAGGGCCAAGUCCCAUGGUGACUCGUGCCAGGGGAGCCUGAGUCCCACCUGGGAAACUGCACACCUCUGCAUUCUCCAGCUACCCCCUGGCAUCCCCAGGGGACUGAAAGCUCCAGCCUGGGUGGAGGGGGUGGGCCCAGUGCCUGAGAAGCAGGCUUCUUUCCAUAUUUGCUUGGAAAUUUUAUUCAAAUGGAGCUGGCGCCUGAGCUCUCCUUGGGGACUCCAGUGAGGUGGGGAGGGCCAGGACUAGCUUCCCCCUUCCUCUUCUGGGCGCCUGGCCACCCUGAGUCCCAGCCGUCUCAGCCUUCCAACAAGCUGGCUGCCUGGAGCCAGGCCCCUGCACCCACCCCUCCUGCCUCAGGCCCCUUCCCAAGGGUCCCUGGACUUGCUGGCCCUGGGGAGUGAGUGCUGGGCCCACAGGCCUCUGCUCCCUCCGCCAUUCGGCCAUUCUUCCCCAACCUCCUCCUCCCUUCCGUUUCCGAGGGAGGCUGCUGCAGCCCAGCGUGGGGCAGAGGGGCUGGCCACACUCACCCACCCCUUCCCCUCUGUGGCCCGCCCCGGCCUGGGCCAACUGAAACCGCAGGAGGAGGAAGCGCCGAACCAGGAACUGGCCGGGCCUAAGUCAUCCCCAGCUGCCCAGGAACAGGAGCAGCUGCCUGCGAGGGUAACUCCAGCCCAGUGGCCCAGGAGGCAUUGCAAGGUGGGGCUCCAGGGAGUGAAAGCCAGGACGCCACCAUGGGCUUCUCUUCUCAGCUGUGCAGCCCCCAGGGCCAUGGGGCAGUGCAGCAGAUGCAGGAAGCAGAGCUUCGCCUGUUGGAGGGCAUGAGGAAGUGGAUGGCCCAGCGGGUCAAGAGCGACCGGGAAUACGCAGGGCUGCUCCACCACAUGUGCCUGCAGGACGCUGGGGGCCAGAGCCGGAGCGGUGGCCUGGACAGCCCCAUCAGCCAGUCCUGGGCCGAGAUCACCAGCCAGACCGAGGGUCUGAGCCGAGUGCUGCGGCAGCACGCAGAGGACCUAAACUCUGGGCCACUGAGCAAGCUGAGCCUGCUGAUCCGGGAACGGCAGCAGCUGCGCAAGACCUACAGUGAGCAGUGGCAGCAGCUGCAGCAGGAGCUCACCAAGACCCACAUCCAGGACAUCGAGAAGCUGAAGAGCCAGUACCGAGCCCUAGCCCGGGACAGUGCCCAAGCCAGGCGCAAGUACCAGGAGGCCAGCAAAGACAAGGACCGGGACAAGGCCAAAGACAAGUAUGUGCGCAGCCUGUGGAAACUCUUUGCUCACCACAACCGCUACGUGCUGGGUGUGCGGGCUGCGCAGCUGCACCACCAGCAUCACCACCAGCUCCUGCUGCCCGGCCUGCUGCAGUCCCUGCAGGACCUGCACGAGGAGAUGGCACGCGUGCUGAAGGAGAUCCUGCAGGAGUACCUGGAGAUUAGCAGCCUGGUGCAGGACGAGGUGGUGACCAUUCACCGGGAGAUGGCUGCAGCUACAGCUCGUAUCCAGCCCGAGGCUGAGUACCAGGGUUUCCUGCAACAGUAUGGCUCCAACCCGGACAUCCCACCCUGUGUCACCUUCGAUGAGUCACUGCUUGAGGAGGGUGAGCAGCUGGAGCCCGGGGAGCUGCAGCUGAACGAGCUGACCGUGGAGAGCGUGCAGCACACGCUGACCUCAGUGACAGAUGACCUCGCGGUGGCCACUGAGACCGUGCUGAGCCGGAAGGAGGUGGUCAGCCAGCUGCAACGAGAGCUCUGGAGUGAGGAGCAGAAUACUCACCCCCGGGAGUGGGUACAGCUGCUGAGCAAGAGGCAGGCGCUGCAGGAGGCACUGCAAGGGCUGCAAGUUGCGCUGUGCAGCCAGGCCAAGCUGCAGGCCCAGCAGGAGCUGCUGCAGACCAAGCUGGAGCAGCUGGGCCCUGGCGAGGCCCCAGCCGUGCUUCUCCUGCAGGACGACCGCCACUCCACCUCGUCCUCGGAGCAGGAGCGAGAGGGGGGAAGGACACCCACGCUAGAGAUCAUCAAGAGCCACUUCUCAGGAAUCUUCCGCCCCAAGUUCUCGCUCCCCCCACCGCUGCCACUGGUACCUGAGGUGCAGAAGCCCCUGCACGAGCAGCUGUGGUACCACGGGGCCAUCCCGCGGGCGGAGGUGGCCGAGCUGCUCACGAACUCUGGGGACUUCCUGGUGCGGGAGAGCCAGGGCAAGCAGGAGUAUGUGCUGUCGGUGCUCUGGGACGCCCUGCCGCGCCACUUUAUCAUCCAGUCCUCUGAGAACCUGUACCGCUUGGAAGGUGAUGGCUUUCCAAGCAUCCCCUUGCUCAUCGACCACCUGCUCUGCUCCCAGCAGCCCCUCACCAAGAAGAGCGGUGUUGUCCUCUAUAGGCCAGUGCCUAAGGACAAGUGGGUGCUGAACCACGAGGACCUGGUGUUGGGUGAGCAGAUCGGGCGGGGUAAUUUUGGCGAAGUGUUCAGCGGGCGCCUUCGAGCGGACAACACUCUGGUGGCAGUGAAGUCUUGUCGGGAGACACUCCCUCCUGACCUCAAGGCCAAGUUUCUGCAAGAAGCCAGGAUCCUGAAGCAGUACAGUCACCCCAACAUCGUGCGGCUCAUUGGCGUCUGCACCCAGAAGCAGCCCAUCUACAUUGUCAUGGAGCUGGUGCAAGGGGGUGACUUCCUGACCUUCCUGCGGACGGAGGGAGCCCGUCUGCGUGUGAAGACGCUGCUGCAGAUGGUGGGGGACGCAGCCGCCGGCAUGGAGUACUUGGAGAGCAAGUGCUGCAUCCACCGGGACCUGGCUGCUCGGAACUGUCUUGUGACAGAGAAGAAUGUCCUAAAGAUCAGUGACUUCGGGAUGUCCCGGGAGGAGGCUGAUGGGAUCUACGCAGCUUCAGGGGGCCUCAGACAAGUUCCCGUGAAGUGGACUGCCCCUGAGGCCCUUAACUAUGGCCGCUACUCCUCUGAAAGUGACGUGUGGAGCUUUGGCAUCUUGCUCUGGGAGACCUUCAGCCUGGGGUCCUCGCCCUACCCCAACCUCAGCAACCAGCAGACACGAGAGUUUGUGGAGAAGGGGGGUCGCCUGCCCUGCCCGGAGCUGUGCCCUGAUGCCGUGUUCCGGCUCAUGGAGCAGUGCUGGGCCUACGAGCCCGGCGAGCGGCCCAGCUUCAGCACCAUCUCCCAGGAGCUGCAGAGUAUCCGGAAGCGGCACCGGUGAGGCUGGGGCUCCCUCGCCAGCCUGCGGCAUCUGCAGGCCGAAGUGUACCUCCUCUGCUGCUCUGGUGCACACUGAGGGACAGCAUCCUACAGUCCUAGGUGCCCGCCACCAGCAGCCCUACUGCUGCAAGGGCAGCCCCAGGUCUGUUCUGACCCCUGCUCCUGCCAGGCUGUCCUUUGGCCAGAAACAAUAAAACCACUUGUGCCCAUCAGACGGUCUUGGCAACACACUCCUCUGGAGGCCAGGUCUUAGGAGGCAGGUCCUGGGGAGUGGCGGGGCGGGGAGGGAGGGUGAGGCGGAGCCCAUUUGGUAGCAGUUGGAGGUGUGAGCCAGAGCCGAGGCUGAGAGCGCGAGAUGUUGUACAGCCUUUGGCCAGAUGGUGGUGCUGUUCCAUGAAGGAGGAUGGCCGCAAGAGCCGGAGAGCUGUGGUGAGAACGAGGGGUUUAGCAGUUAGAGGUGUACACUGGAGGGGCCUGAAAAAUAAAAAGUGGGUAAGUGGUCUGGAAGCCCAGAUGGAAGUGUGAAAGUCAUUGGGUCAUAAGUGUCAGAGAGUGGCUGACACUGUGGAUGCAUUCAAGUCGUGUAAAAUUUAGGAGGAGAAAAUAAAAUUGGGAGGAGAGGAGAGGCCAAGGAAGGACUAAGGUUCGCUCAGAGGGGACUGAUGUGGCUCAAGAGGGGAAAACUGCUUCUCCAAGGAAUUCAUCUCUCAAGAUGCUUCGGGCGCUGGAGAGUCAGAUCGGGUGCCCUUUCCGCCUCCUCUGAGUCCCUUGGAAAUAUUCCCAGCAGAAAUAACAAAGGUCAAGAAGAUACAGUAGUAUGGGGCUGAACUGCCAAACAAGAGCCACAACAGAUUUAAAAUGUAAGAACGCAAGCAAUAAGAACCACGAAGUAUUAGGCACAGUGUUGCAUGCCUAUAAUCCCAGUACUUGGGAGGCUGAA